AUGUCAGAAAACGUUGGUCUAUCUACUCCAAGGGGCAGUGGAACCUCAGGAUACGUCCAGAGGAACCUCGCUCAUCUUAAGCCUCGUGACCAUGGAGCUCCAUACCCCCAGGAUUUGGAUAGCUUACGCCACAAGCAGCGACAACCCGACAAAGGCAUCCUGGAACAUGAUCGCAAGAGACAAGUUGAAGUCAAGGUUUUUGAUCUAAGAGAUAAACUUGAGGAGGAGGAGAUCGAUGAAGAAGAGAUUGACAAACGAUGCGACGAACUGCGCGAAAAGCUCCUCGCAGAAAUGGAAUCGGGAAGGAGGGGGGGCUCCGGACCGAGGCGAACAUUCAAAGAACAUCAAGUUCACGAAAUGGCUGAUGCCAAGAUCAAGGAAAGCGAGCGAUUAAGGAAAGCACUCAAAAUUAGCCCUGAAUAUGAGGAAGGCAGCCACUGGAAAAGACAAGAAGAACGACUACGAACUGCUCUUGAGAAAAAAGCGGAUGAGAAGGAAUGA